UACAUCCUCAUCGCGGUGGGCGCUGUCAUGAUGUUCGUGGGGUUCCUGGGCUGCUAUGGGGCCAUCCAGGAGUCGCAGUGCCUGCUGGGAACGUUCUUCACCUGCCUGGUCAUCCUGUUUGCCUGCGAAGUGGCUGCUGGUAUCUGGGGCUUCGUCAACAAGGACCAGAUUGCCAAAGACGUGAAGCAGUUCUAUGAUCAGGCUCUGCAGCAGGCUGUGCUGGAUGAUGAGGCCAACAACGCCAAGACUGUGGUCAAGACCUUCCACGAGACGCUGAACUGCUGUGGCUCCAAUGCGCUGACCACAUUGGCCACUUCGCUGGCCAAGAACAACCUGUGUCCCACAGGCAGCAGUGUGAUCACCAACCUCUUCAAGGAGGAUUGCCACCAGAAGAUAGACGAGCUCUUCUCUGGGAAGCUCUACCUGAUCGGCAUCGCGGCCAUCGUGGUCGCCGUCAUCAUGAUCUUCGAGAUGAUUCUGAGCAUGGUGCUGUGCUGCGGCAUCCGGAACAGCUCCGUGUACUGAGCUCAGCGCUGCCGCCGCCCGUGUACAUAGCCCCCCGUAUAUGCGUAGCCUUCCCAUCUCCAGGGCUCCUUUCUCUAACCCAGCCCUGUCACCUUUCUGGGGCUGGCGGCCCGCGUGGGGUACGGGGCAGCUGCCGGCGGCCUGGGGGAGGACCCCGGAGCCGGGCCCCACGAGCUGAGGGGCCGCAACCCCACCGCACGUCCCCGUCCCCCAGGCAGUACAACUGGCGGCUUGAAGCCCUGCCUCCCCCUCCCCCACCUGUAUCUGGAGCCCCAUCCGAGCUGCCCUAGCGCUGUUUACCAUGUCACCUCCCACUGUACUUCCCCAUCUUCCAUUGAAUAAAGAGGGAAACCCUG